AUGCAUCUGGGGAUGGGACUCGGAGGGGACGCUGGACUCCUCUGCCUCCGACAGAUGGAGCUAGACUACGAUGAACUCUGCAUGGAAUGGAAGGGGAAAGCCCGCCUCUACGUCUCCCUGCAGCAGCACAUAUCCGGGGUGCAGUGCUACAACUUCAUGUGGUCGUCGCUGCUGACGCAGACGGAGCACCGGGACUGCUUCAGCCUGGCCGGCGCCUCGUGGUACGGCAUGGGAGACGGCUUCACUUGGCCGUUGAACCGACCGGCCGGGGAGGAUCAGCCGUUCUCGGUGAACCGGACCGCGUACGUCACCGGCGCCGGUCCGUUCGGGAGGAUCCUCCGGCGCACCUGGUACUCCAGCGCCGGCGCCGUCAUUCACGUCCCGUACGAGCUGCCUCUUUUCGUCUCGGUGGACUCGGAGGAACCGGGAAGCCUGUGUUUGUCGGUGGCCCAUCAAGAGCAGUACUACCGGGUGCCACCCGAGGAGUACCUUGAGCUCAACUACAGCGUCUGCACCGCAGACACUCUGAAGCUGGUUCGCAACGAGGUCGGGCCUCGCGGUCGCAAGAUGGGGGAGAACGAGCCGCAAGGCACCACCCCCUUGCUGGCGUUCUUCAGGCCCGACCCCUUCACCGACUUCUCCCAGGCGGGACUCUUCAAGUUCCUGGAAAAACUGGAUACGGUCUACGGGAAAUCGCGAAGACCGGAAUACGUCGUCUUGGACCAGUCUUGG